UAUAUUUAAUAAUAAAAAAUGCCACCUAAAUAAUAAAAUAGAACAUUAAGGAGACCAUAACCUGUAAGUUAUAAAAAAUAAAUGAUAGAAAAAGCAACCGAAAAUAUCUAAUUAGAAUUUAAAUUAAUAGGAAGCUGAGCCAGAUGGUGAUGAAUCAGAAUAUUAACAUGAAGUUUAGAAAUAAUAAAAUAUUAAUAGAGAGAAAAGGAGAGACCUUAAUUGACAGAGAAGGAAUUGAAUGAGGAUAUGCCAUCUAAAAUGUUGAUACCUAAUAAUCCUUAAGCUCCAAAGAAUAUAACUUAAUAUGAUUAUUUAUAAAGAAAAGUAACUACCAAUAAUAAAGAUAGUAUAAAACAGACGAAUUGGUUGAAUAAUUGAUAAUUCACUUUAGAAUGGAUGGAGAAAUAAUUCAUAAAGAUUCAAAUGAAGCUAGAAUAUAGGAAGAAUUAUGGGAAACAAAGGAAGCAUUGAUUAAAGAAGCAGAGAGAAAUUAAGAGAUGGAAGAUCCUGGGGCAUCAAAGGAUAUUGAGGCAAUAAAAUAAACAAUGAGAAAUAAAUUUAAUUAUAAUGCAAGAGAAGCCUAAACAGAUGGAAGAGUAAUAAGAGAAAGAGGUGUAUCAACAGAGCCUCCUCCAAGUGAUACAUUAAAAGGAUAGAUUACUUAAUGGGAAAUAUUUGAUGCAUAUAUAUAAAAUAAAGCUAAAGAAGAAAGUUAAAAGAAAAAAGAUCAUACAUCUGAUAAUACAGUUUAUAAACCAUCAUUUAAGAGAUGUUUAAAAAUUAUGGAAAGAACAGUUGUACAUAAUGACUAGAAGGAAAAAUACAAUGAUUAUAAAUAUUAUUGGAGUCAAGGAGAAGUUGUUGAGACAUCCAAAAAUGAAGGGUAGAUUAAUUAAAAUAAUUAGACAUCUAUUACCUAUAUGGAAAUUUUCAAAUGAGAAACAAAAGAAAAAACAUGUAACAUCUUUGUCUUGGAAUCCUAGAUACAUGGAUUUAUUUGCUGUUAGUUUUGGUAGUUACGAAUUUUCUAAAUAAAGAAUGGGAUUGAUUUGUUUAUAUUCUCUCAAAAAUACAACACAUCCAGAAUAUGCAUUUACAUGUGAAGCUGGAGUUAUGUGUUUAGAUUUCCAUCCUUAAAGUCCAGCAUUAUUAGCUGUAGGAUUAUAUGAUGGAACUGUACUUGUUUACGAUAUUAGAAAUAAACAUAAAAAACCUAUUUAUUAAUCUACAGUAAGAACUUAAAAACAUACAGAUCCAGUAUGGUAAGUUAGAUGGAAUCCAGAUAUUUCUAAAAAUUAUAAUUUCUAUUCAAUAUCAUCAGAUGGAAGAGUUAUGAAUUGGGUUUUAAUGAAAAAUAAAUUAGAACCAGAAGAAGUUAUUCGAUUAAGAUUAGUUGGUAAAAAUGAAGAAGAAAGUACUUUGAUUGGUUUAGCUUGUGGUUUAUGUUUUGAUUUUAAUAAAUUUGAACCUCAUAUUUUUUUAGUUGGUACUGAAGAAGGUAAAAUACACAAAUGUUCAAGAGCAUAUUCAGGAUAAUAUUAAGAAACAUAUAUUGUAUUAAUUUAAUUAUUAUUAUUAAUAGGGUCAUAAUUUGGCAGUUUAUAAAGUUAAAUGGAAUAAUUUUCAUCCUCGAACAUUUAUUUCUGCAUCAGCCGAUUGGACUGUUAAAAUUUGGGAUUCUAAAAUUUCUUCCUAAAUUAUGAGUUUUGAAUAAGGAAUGUAAGUUGUAGAUGCUAUGUGGGCACCUUAUAGUUCUACAGGUAUUAUUUAAAUAUUUUAUUUUUAGUUUUUGCUUGUGCAACAUAAGAUAAAAUAUUUGUUUAUGAUCUAAAUGUUGAUAAAAUUGGUAAACUUGCUGAAUAAAAACCUUCUAAAUAACCAAGAUUAACAAAUAUUGCAUUUAAUUAAAGAGAUCCUAUUAUUUUAGUUGGUGAUACUCAUGGUGGAAUUACACUACUUAAAUUAAGCCCUAAUUUAACUAAAUGUAUAUAUUAUAUGAUUUUUAGCUGGAGUUAAAGCAUCUAAUUUUCCAGAUGCUAAAGUACCAAAAGAAUUUGAAAAUAUGCCAUUAGAAGAAUAUGAAAAAUAAAAAAUGGAAAAUCUCUUAUAAGUAGUUUCUAAAUGGGAAAGGGAAGAUUCUUGA